AUCCUCUUCAAUCCAAACCCAAGCUGCGUCGCCUCUGCCACUAUGACGAACCCUCCAGAUCCCACGGGUGAUGGCAGGCCGAUACUGCAGCCCGUAAGUGCCGGAUCGUCGGGGAAUAUCUUCCUGCUGGCGCCCGAUCUGGUGGUCAAGCUUGGGCACUUAGGAUGGCCCCACCACGUCGAGCACGAGCACAAGGUCUACGAAGCACUGGGCCCUCACCCCCGUAUCGUCGAAUACCUGGGCACCUGGAACGACAUCAACCGCUCCGCUGUUCUCAGAUACCACCCCCGUGGCUGUCUUCGCCAAGUUCUGCAACGCGCUGCGGACAACGAAGUGCCGGUCCCGCGCCGGAAAUGGGCCGUCCAGCUUGCCGAGGCCCUCGUCUUCAUCCACUCCAAGGGCGUCGUCCACGGCGACAUUAACGCGAGCAACGUGCUCGUCACGGACCACGAUGACGUAUUGCUUUGCGACUUCGCCGGUGCGGCGCUCAACGGCGAGCCGCCAGUCGUGGCCUGCUAUGAGAUCCGGCAUUUCCGCCCGAGGUCCAGUGACGACGAGUGGGUGAGUCGAUCCGAGGCCGACGAUUUGUUUGCACUUGGCUCGCUUCUCUUCGAGCUGUACACUGGCGAGAAACCGUUCAAGGACAAGGAGGAAAACGAGGUCGAGAAGCUCUACAAGCGGGGAAUUUUUGCCGACACCUCUAGGAUCCCGGCAGAGGUAGAGGCUUUGAUUAAUGGAUGCUGGACGGAGAAAUAUACGAACGCGCUGGAGCUUCUCCAGGAUGUGUCACAUCUAGCUACGAGCUGACCAAGCACAAGCACAAGCACAUGCUCGGCGUGUUCCCAUUUCCACGCCAUGUCUAGCAAUCGCACAAGGUGCUCGGCAUGAAAGUCACAGGCGCUACAACUCUCCUGUCG